AUGCCAUCGAAAGGAUCCAAGAAGGCCUGCGAUGUGGCCACUGCCAAGAUUGGCUUCGUCGGCGCCGGCAAACUCGCAGAGAGCAUCAUCUCCGGUCUGGUCGUCUACGGGAAGGUCGACCCGAAGCGCAUUCACGUGGCCGCCCCAAGCUCCAACAACACUGACCGCCUGAAGCAGAGCUUCCAGGGCCUGAAAGUGAGCAAGCGCAACUUGGACAUUUUCGGCAAGUUUGACUGUGACAUUAUCUUUCUGGCCGUCAAUGGCAGCGUCAUUCGCAACCUGUACAAGCUCGGUGGCAGCCGCCCGGCUCCUCUCACCACCAACUACAUUCCCAACAUGAAGCACCCGCUGUACGUCCUCUCGCUGAUCACCGGCUUCGAGAUCAAGGUGAUCAAGGACUGUCUGCUGAACCCCGAGCACCCUGAGAAGUACAUGCUGGAGAUGCACCGCAUCAUGCUCAACUGCGCCGCCGCCUUUGGCCUGGGCGUGUGCGCCGUCGACGUGGAGCCGGACAGCAAGAAGCUGGCAGAGCCGGUGCGCGCCCUCCUCUCGCUGGUCGCCAAGCUGGAGUACAUUCCCGAGGCGCAGAUGGACGCCGCCUGUGCCCUCUGCGGCUCCGGCCUCUCCUUCAGCUACUACUUCAUCAACGCCAUGUCCGAUGGAGCGCUGAAGAUUGGCCUGAGCCGAGCGGCGGCGGUCAAGUUUAGCGCCAAGACGGUCAACUGCGCCACGCAGACGCUGCUCGAGUCGGGCAAGCACCCCAACGAGCUCAAGGACGAGGUGUGCGCCCCCUCCGGCGGGGCCAUCUACGGCCUGAGCAUCCUCGACAAGGCCGACGUCGCCUCGGGCGUCUCCGGCGCGGUCGAGGCCGCCUACAAGCGCGCCCUGUCGCUCGCCCGUGAGGACAACCCCGCCUAA